AUGAAGUUCCAACUUACCACUGUCCUUUCCCUUGCCCUCACUUCUACUGCCAUUGCUGCUGUCCUCCCCGCCAAACGAGAACACCUUACUUUCCUUCCCAAGUCUGGCAAGACCUUUCCCCUUGGUUUUGGUGGGAAUGGAGAUGCCAAUACUCAUGGAUCUCUCUUUUUGGAAAACCUGCUUGACGACGAGCCGGACGUUGCUACGUAUGGAACCGCGGAUGCAUAUUCGGAUCACGAAGCCGAUGCAUAUACGGAGUACGCACCAGAAGAUGAUGAAGGGAUACAGUUUGAUGGCGCAGCUGGACUAGCUGGCCAAUUCGGGCUAGGCAGAAGACAAGAGCCUGAUGAUGGUGGAGAAGAGGAAGGAGAAGGAGGGGAGGUCGAGGAAGAGCUUGACGAUACACAAGUUCAAUCUAUGGAUGGACCAGCCCCAGAAGAAGUCCCAGCAGAUGAAGACGUGGAAGUGCAAGGAAAUGGAGACGAAGAAGAGCCAGCGUCUGGAGGAGGUGACGAUGACGAUGAUGACGACGUAGACGAUUAUGAAGACGGAGACGAUGAUGAGUGA